AUGACUAUGAAUGAUUUUACUGUGUCUCCUGCAGAACAGAACAAGAGUUCAGAUGUUCAAGCUGUUGGAAGCGAGCUUUCGUACGGAGGAGCUGUAGAGCGACUUCGUCAGGAGGUUCAUGGGUUGAUCGCUGAAGUUGCGAACAGUGGGGACAAGUCGGACGAAGAGGUCGACGCUUUGAAGGCUGCCCUGUCGAAGAAGUGCUCUAACUUGGAGGCUAUAGAGAAAGCUCUCUCUAUGGUCACACCUAACCAGAGUCCUUCCCAAGUAACAGUGGUUAGUCAAGGUGCGGCUAAUAGUUCAACUGUACCUGAUGAUCUUCCUUUGUUCCAAUGGUUUGGACGUGUCAAAGAUGAAAAAAAGGAAGUUUUUGCCAACAUUGAGGAGUGUUGUCGCCGGUUUUCCGAUAAGUUGAGCAGUUGCACGCUUGAUCUUGACGAACACUGGUAUCGUUUGCUUCCUCCUUGUCUUCCCGGCGAUCUUCGCAAUUGGCUUGAUGAGUUUGUGAAAGCAUCUGGCUCCACUGUGUCUUGGGCUACCUUGAAGGGAGCUAUCAUCGGUCGUUUUGGUACACCAAAAGAACAGCUCAGAUUCGAAAGAAUUAGGGAGUUUCUUCGUUGUACUAAAGGAAACGAAGAAUCCGUUGAUGGUUUCGUAGAGCGGUUUAAGACGUUGAGAAAUAGAGCUGACAUCAGUGAUAAGGGUGUCGUUGCGAUGGUGUUUUUUGACGCUUUCCCCAAGGUUACCGCUAGGUUGCUAAUGGUUGCUAUGAGUCAGGCACCAGAAUCGUCAUUUUAUGACAUUGAUUAUGUGUCCUCUCUCGUGCGCAAGAUGGAUAUGAUGGCUAUUGAGACGGGUCAAGAAUCUUUGGGCUCUGUUUUUGAUGGAAGAAAACGCGCUGCUGACAUACCUGUUUCGAACGAAGCAAAGAAGUCUCGGUACGCACCUUCUUCUAGUGGAAACGCUUUUCAAAGUAGCUCUUCGUCGAGAUCCAAUGGUCCCUCGUCCAACUCUCCACGUUCUAGUGCUAAUCGUUUUGGCAAAACAUUUGCUGAACAUGUUGCUGAAGGGACUUGCUCCAAAUGUAACGGUCCUCGACCAAAGGGGCAGAUGCAUCACUGCAACACUGCUAUUCGUACUGGUGGUGGUAACACCCAUCAGGGCAAUGGUGGUAAAAAAGUUUUGCGUGCCAUGACUAAGAAACGUGGUGGCAAACAUUCGAUGGAUGCUGCAAUCCAAGCUGCUUUUCUCUCUGCUCGUGUUGAUCGUGCGUUAGCUGAGAAAGGUGCUUCUUCCCCUGCUCUCUCCUCUGCUGAACAAUCGGUGGAUGAUGUUGUCCUUGCUCCUUCUUCUGGUGGUAGUGACAAUGUUGAUGUUGACCAAGAUGCUGUGAUGAGUGAAGCUCAUGGUAUCUUUGAGGAUACUGACCUGGUGAAUCGUGCCCAGUCUAUUCUUCUUGAAAAAGAGAUGAGUAGCAUGUCUGUGGACGACGAUACGCUACAAAAUAUAUUUGCUCAGCAAUGA